AUCAAUUUAUUAGCGAUUCAACAUUGUUUUGUUAUUUACGCACAGAAUUAUCAAUCCAAUUCUAACCAGGUGGCAGCACUGUCGACAGCUCGCAACAGCUGUGCGCUAAUCAAUAAGCCCAUUAUAGUACUUGUAAAAAAUCCACAAUCCACUGAUUAAAGCCAUAAUCAAUGUGACUUUCAACAAUGCGUUCUCUACAGGUAUUUGUGCGGAAAAUGAGCCAAAGUCCAGUCCCGGCCGGCAUACAGCAGCUCUCAGCGCUGCGUUUGAAGUACCAUGAACGCAAAGAUGCCUUCCUGGAGGAGAACAUCAAGAUAAAGAAUCCAUUUUGCUUGUUUCGCGAGUGGAUGGAGCUGGCAUUGAGUACACAGGAGAUUCUGGAGCCGAAUGCGGCAGCGCUGGCCACCGUAGACGCCGAAGGGAAGCCCUCAAAUCGAUUCGUGCUGGUGAAGGAGGCCACCGCUCAGGGCUUCACCUUUUUCACUAACUACGGCAGUCGCAAGGCGGAUGAAAUUGCCUGUAAUCCCAAUGUUGCCAUUGCUAUAUAUUGGUUGCCGCUUCGCCGCAGUAUCCGCAUUGAGGGCGUGGCCGAAAAAAUACCCGAAUCCGAUUCACUCAAAUAUUUUCAUCAACGUCCACGUGCCAGUCAGAUUGGUGCAGCGGCUAGUCCGCAAAGUCAGCGCAUUCCAUCACGCGAUUAUUUGGAUGCUGUUGAGGCGGAUAUUAAGAAAAAGAUUGGUCCCGAAGGCGAGGUCCCACUGCCCAAUUGGGGCGGCUAUUUAGUGCGGCCCAACCUUAUUGAAUUCUGGCAGGGACAGACAGAUCGCUUGCACGAUCGCAUACGUUUUCGACGCGGCAGUGGCGUCGAGAAUGAGGUUGAUGACAAGUUAGUGCAUCUCGGAGACGAUGGCUGGGUCUAUGAGCGCCUGGCACCUUAGAAGGAAUCUUAAAAUAUUGUUGAUUGCAAUGUCUUCCAAAAUGCUCAUAUAAUCAAAAUAAAUGCAAGUGUUGAAAUGUUUAAAAAUUGAAUAAAAAACUUGAACUACGAAUUUA